UUAUUUCUCAGGGACAUACCACCAAGAUAUUGAUGUCGGGGACAGUGGUGUCCAGACUGUUCGUAUUCAGGAAGAGCUCAAGGUAGUGUCAGCAGAGAACAGUGAACUACAGGCAGAGUUGAGGAUAAUGCGGGAAACACUCAGAAAUGUGCAGGCAGAAAACAGUCAAGUCCAGACAAAGGAAAAGGAAAUUCAAGAAAGGGAAGGUCGCAUCCUGUCCAACCUCAAGAACCUUCCAGCAGAUCAUGCGCGCCUACAAGCGGAAUAUGACCAGCUCCAGGAUGAAUACAUGAAACUCCAGGCAGCAUACACCAACAUACAGGAUGAUAUUGAUGACAUAGAGGCUGAUCACAAGAAACUCCAGAGAGAAAAGACAAAACUCCAGACUGAUCAAAAUCACCUACAGGAAGAUUAUGAGAAGCUCCAUGCUGAACACAAGAAGCUGAAGGCAGAAUAUGGAAAAGUGCAGGCAGAAAACAUUCAAGCCCAGACAGAGCAAGUCCGAAUCCUGCAAGAGCUCAAGAUCCUCCAAGCAGAUUACAGUAAACUGCAGAAAGCGAACAAUCAAGCACCAGAAGAGCAAAAGGAAUUACAGGAGAGGAAAGUGCGAAUGCAGCGAGACCUCAGUCAAGCCCAGGCCGAACAAAAGGAAAUUCAGGAGCGCACAGUUUAUAUCCUGCAGGAUCUCAGUAAAGCGAAGGCGGAGCAAAAGGAAUUCCAGGAGAGGAAAGUUCGCAUGCAGCAAGACAUCAGUAAAUUGCAGGCAGAAAACAGCCAGGCCCAGGCUGAGCAAAAGGAAUUCCAGGAGAAGAAAGUUCUAAUCCUGCAACAUCUCAAGACCCUCCAGGCUGAUCACACUAAACUGCAGGCAGAGAACACCCAAGCCCAGGCAGAGCAAAAGGAAUUCCAGGACAAGAAAAAUCGAAUCCUAAAAGAGCUCGAGAUUCUCCAGGCAGAUCACAGUAAACUUCAGGCAGAGAAUGAUAAAGCACAGGCAGAGCAAAAGGAAUUCCAAGAAAAGAAAGCGCGCAUGCAGGAAGACCUCAGUAAACUGCAGGCUGGGAACAAUCAAGCCCAGGCAGAGCAAAAGGAAAUACAGGAGAGAAAAGUUCUCAUUCUGAAAGAUCUCAGUAUACUGCAGGGGGAGAACAGUAAAGCCCAGGCAGAGCAAAAGGAAAUCCAGGACAGGAAAUUUCACAUCCUGCAAGAUCUGAGUAAACUGCAGGCUGAGAUCACCCAAGCCCAGGCUGAGAAAAAGGCAUUCCAGGAAGAGAAAAUUCUAAUCCUGCAACAGCUCAAGAACCUCCAGGAUGAUCGAAGUAAACUGCAAGCAGAGAAUGAUAAGGCCGAAGCAGACCGGAAGGAAUUUCAGGAGACGAAAGUUCGAAUUCAGCGAGACUUCAGUCAACUUCAAGAAGUGAACAGUCAAGCCCAGGCAGAGCAAAAGGAAAUCCAGGCGAGGAGAGUUCGCAUCCUGCAAGAUCUCAGUAAACUGCAAGCAGAGAACAGCCAAGCCCAGACCGAGCAAAAGGAAUUGCAGGAGAAGAAAGUUCUAAUCUUGCAGAAUCUUAAGAGCCUCCAGACUGAUAACACUAAGCUGCAGGCAGAGAACAGUCAAGCCAAAGCAGAGCAAAAGGAAUUCCAGGAGAAGAAAGUUCGAAUCCUGCAAGAGCUCAAGAACCUCCAGGCUGAUCACAGUAAACUACAAGCAGAGAAUGGUAAAGCCCAAGCGGAGCAAAAGGAAUUCCAGGAGAGAAAAGUGCGGCUGCAGCAAGACCUCAGCCAACUGCAAGUCAUGAACAGUAAAGCCCAAGCAGAGCAAAAGGAAAUUAAAGAGAGGAAAGUUCACAUUCUGCAAGAGCUCAGUAAACUGCAGGCAGAGAACAGUCAAGCCCAGGCCGAACAAAGGGAACUCCAGGAGAGGAAAGUUCUAAUCCUGCAACAUCUCAAGAGCCUCCAGGCUGAUCACAAUAAAAUGCAGGCAGAGAAUGAUCAAACCCAAGCAGAGCAAAAGGAAAUCCAGGAGAAGAAAGCUCAAAUCUUGCAAGAGCUCAGAAACCUUCAAGCCGAUCAGAGUAAACUGAAGGCAGAAAAUGGUAAUGUCCAGGCAGAGCAAAAGGAAUUCCAGGAGAAGAAAGUUCGCAUGCAACAAGACCUCAGGCAAGCCCAGGUAGAACAAAUGGAAAUCCAAGAGAGGAAAGCACGCAUCCUUCAAGAUCUCAGUAAACUGCAGGCAGAGAACAGUCAAGCCCAGGCUGAGCAAAAGGAAUUCCAGGAGAAAAAAGUUCUAAUCCUGCAACACCUCAAGAGCCUUCAGGCAGAUCAACGUAAACUGCAGGCAGAGAAUGAUAAAGCUCAGGCAGAGCAAAAGGAAUUCCAGGAGAGGAAAGUGCGCAUGCAGCAAGACCUCAGUCACCUGCAGGCUAUGAAAAAUCAAGCCCAGACAGAGCAAAAGGAAUUCCAGGAGAAGAAAGUUCAUAUCCUGCAAGAGCUCAAUAAACUGCAGACAGAGAACGCUAAAGCCCAGGCAGAGCAAAAGGAAUUCCAGGAGAAGAAAGCUCUAAUCAUGCAACAUCUCAAGAGCCUCCAGGCCGAUCACAGUAAACUGCAGGCAGAAAACAAUCAAGCCCAGAAAGAACAAAAGGAAAUCCAGGAGAAGAAAGUUCGAAUGCUGCAAGAGCUCAAGAUCCUCCAGGCUGAUCACAGUAAAUUGCAGGCAGAGAAUGGUCUAGCCCAGGCAGAGAAAAAGGAACUCCAGGAGUGGAAAGUGCGCGCACAGCAAGACCUCAAUAAAUUGCAGGCCAUGAAUAGUCAAUCCCAGGUAGAGCAAAAGGAAAUGCAGGACAAAAAAAUUCGCAUCCUGAAAGAUCUUGGUAAACUGCAAGCAGAAAACAGACAAGCCCAGGCUGAGCAAAAGGAACUCCAGGAGAAGAAAGUUCUGAUCCUACAGCAUCUCAAGAGUCUUCAAGAAGAUCAGAGUAAACUGCGAACAGAGAAUGAUAAAGCCCGGGCAGAGCAAAAGGAACUCCAGAAGAUGAGAGUGCAUUUGCAAGAAGACCUUGAUCAAAUCCAGACAGAGCAAGCUAAUUUCUCCUCGAGUGUUCCGCAAACCAGGGGUGGUUCUGAACUUCAUCUCUACACAGAACCCAGAACUUCCAGUCUGAAGGGAAUUUCAGAGGAAUUCCAGGAGAGGAAAGUGGUGCUCCGGAUAGACACUGAAGGGAGAAAGCCACAGUUCCGAGCCAACUGGAGAAAGGUUUCAUUGUUUUCUGCUGAUGUGACUCUGGAUCCAGACACUGCCCAUCCCCAACUCACGUUGUCCAAGCGAGGAAAACGCUUGUCGUGGAAUGACACUCCACGAGAUCUUCCCCAGACCCUGAAGAGAUUCGAUUACCUCCCCUGCGUCUUGGGUCGGGAGGGCUUCAUCUCGGGAAGACAUUACUGGGAGGUGGAGGUUGGGAACAGGCCAGACUGGGAUCUGGGGGUGUGUCAGGACAACGUGAACAGGAAGGGAAGAAUCUCAGUGACUCCAGAAACUAGCUUAUGGGCUUUGAGGCUCUAUGACAAGGAAUACUGGGCCCUCACCUCUCCCCAGACUCCCCUGUCCCUGAAACAGCCCCUGCACCGGGUGGGCAUUUUCCUGGACUAUGAGGCUGGAGAUAUUUCAUUUUACAACUUGACAGAUGGAUUUCAUAUCUAUACCUUCACCCAUGAUUUCGAGGGGCCCCUCUUCCCCUUCUUCAGGCUAUGGUCCUCAGAUCCUUCCCCUCUGACCAUCUGCUCAGAGCCAGAGUGAGGCCUGGCUUUUACACACCCUGCCCCUCUGGAUCCCUCGCCCCUCCCCAGAGAUAGGGCUGACUUUUACAGCUAUUGAUGAGGACACUUGAGAUGGGAAAGGACAGCUGAUUUCCCUUUAUGAUCCCUCAUCAAUGAGAACUACAGAAUUGUUGAAGAUCACAAAAAAGAAAUAAUUUACCAAGUUGAUGACUUCUGAUUUCCUGCAUUACCUGAGGACACUCCUAGUGUCUGAAAUGGUUCAUGGACUUUAACUCUUUCAGAGACCUUUGCUGCUUUACCAUUUGUGAUCCGGUCUUCAGCCCCAAUCAAUUAAUAAAAUCCAGCAUAUUUAUGGAGUGCCCGCUCUGUGCGUAAGCACAGUACUGAGGCUUUAAGAGAGUAAAAUUUGACAACGAGGUCCUACCCUCGAAGAUCUGGUGAUCCAACAUAGCUUGGCACAACUUGCUACUAAUUUGCAACCAGCUUAUAAUUGGUCAAGGGUGGGGUCGAAGUGCGGAUUCUGUUUAUCACCUGGGUUUUACUGCGUAGAUCCUGCUGAGACCUUCUUGGCUACGGCCACAUGUGGAGAGGCCACCAUGGUCCCAGGGUCAUUUCCCUCCCUCCCUGGGAGAACCUACAGCCACAGAAGUAGAGUGGGAAAUAAUCCUGGCCAGCAUCUUCCAAAGACACCUUGAUGUACAGGGAGGGAACAGGGAAUUGACUGGGAAAGAAACAAGCUUUGAAGACCAGAGACAGCGUGACCCAGUGGGAUGAGCAUGGGUCUGGGAGCUUGGGUUAGCCAAAUCAUUCAAUCUUUCUGAGUCUCAGUUUCUUCACCUGCAAAAUAGGAAUUAGAUCUCUGUUCUCCCUACUUCUUAGAUUGUAAGCCCUGGGUGGGACAUGGCUAAUGUCCAGAUUAUUUUGCAUCAGGACUAGUGCUUAGAAUUUAGUAAAUAUUUAAUGGUUCAAAUGAUUAUCUUGGCUAUUUCUGAAAUGACAACAUUGUGGGAGGAAUGGGGAAAACUCUUCUUGAGAACAGGAACAGUCUCUUGGUGGUCCUAAUCUCCUUUGCUGUGGAACACCCCUUAUCAAUUAAAAUUCCAGGAUUGUUGAAAAUCAAAAAAAGAAAUAAUUAACAAGUUGAUGACCUAUGACUUCUGAUUUCCAGCAUGAUUUGAGGACAUUCAUAAUGUUUGAAAUGAUUCAUAGACCCUCUUUCAGAGACUUCUGCUGCUUUUUCCUGUAUUAUCCGUUGGCUAGUUGUGCAAUGUGCAUGACCUGAAUUGAAAUCCAUGAUACAGUGUUUGUGAAUAAAUGUUAAAAAUAAAAAUAAAUGGAAAUCUG